AUCAUGUAGUCACCAGCAGAAGAGAAAUUUCAAAAGAGACCUCAGUGUAAAGCCCACAAGCACCUCGACUCUCAGAGGAGACUGAGCUCCUCAGAUAACGCGUCUGAAGAGUGGACCCGGCUGUCUGUCCAUCAGGCAUGGAACCAAAGAGGAUCAGGGAGGGCUACCUGGUGAAGAAGGGAAGUGUGUUUAACACCUGGAAACCCAUGUGGGUUGUACUGUUAGAAGAUGGAAUUGAGUUUUAUAAGAAGAAAAGUGACAACAGCCCCAAGGGAAUGAUCCCCCUGAAAGGAAGCACUCUCACUAGCCCCUGUCAAGACUUUGGCAAAAGGAUGUUUGUGUUGAAAAUCACUACAAACAAACAGCAGGACCACUUCUUCCAGGCAGCCUUCCUGGAGGAGAGGGAUGCUUGGGUUCGGGACAUCAAGAAAGCCAUUAAAUGCAUUGAAGGAGGCCAGAAGUUUGCAAGAAAGUCCACAAGGAGAUCCAUUCGUCUGCCAGAGACUAUUGACUUGGGGGCUUUGUAUCUGUCUAUGAAAGACCCUGAAAAAGGAAUAAAGGAACUGAAUCUGGAGAAGGACAAGAAGGUUUUUAAUCACUGCUUCACAGGUAGUGGUGUCAUUGACUGGCUGGUUUCUAACAAGUCAGUUCGGAAUCGCCAGGAAGGCCUCAUGAUCUCUGCAUCCCUGCUCAGUGAAGGGUACCUGCAGCCUGCUGGGGAUCUGUCCAAGAAUGCAGCAGAUGGAAUAGCUGAAAACCCUUUCCUGGACAACCCUGAUGCUUUCUACUACUUUCCAGACAGUGGGUUCUUCUGUGAUGAGAAUUCCAGUGAUGAUGACGUGAUUUUGAGAGAAGAAUUCAGAGGGGUUAUCAUCAAGCAGGGUUGUUUGCUGAAGCAGGGGCACAGAAGGAAAAACUGGAAAGUGAGAAAGUUCAUUCUGAGAGAAGACCCAGCGUACCUGCAUUACUAUGACCCUGCCGGGGGCGAAGAUCCCUUGGGAGCUAUCCACUUGAGAGGCUGUGUGGUGACGUCAGUGGAGGGCAAUCUGGAUGGUAAGAAGAACAAUGAAGAGAACCUUUUUGAGAUCAUCACAGCAGACGAAGUUCAUUAUUACCUGCAGGCGGCCACUUCCAAGGAGCGUACUGAGUGGAUCAAAGCCAUCCAGGUGGCCUUACGGACUGGGAAAUGAGGACACUGAGGGUCAUCAAGGUGAAUCCGACUCUAAAGCCAGGAUGACAGAGAUGGAAUUCGAGGCCAGACUUGGAACUUUCAGUUAGCAUUCUGUUUUGUCUUCACCUUCCUCACAUGCGUCCUGGUGUAUAAUUUUAAUCUAGUGUUUAUUUAAUAUUCACUGUAGCAAGGAUUCUCCAGCCUUAUGAUGCUCCCCCACCCACUUCCCCCAGCACUCAAAUAAAACAAUAUGGUGCCUGUACAACAUGGGAUGUCUGGAGACAUCACAAAUUUUCCAAAAAUUCUCAAGGUUGGGGAAGAAUUAGGCCUUUCAUUCCUUCUUAUUGCUGAACUGUCUCAACCCACUGGCUCCCAAUAAUGACAUGGAGACUUUUUAUUAUCUAUGAAAGCUUAGGCCUUAUAGUUUAGGCUUGUUCCCAACCAACUUGUAUAAUUUAAUUAAUCCUGUCUAUAUUAGUCCACAUUUUCUUCAUGGCCCGUUACCUCUCAUUAUGUCCUAGUGUGUCCAACUUCCUCUAUGUCUGGCUUCUUAUUAUUUAUGAAUUUAGGUCUUAUAGCUUGGGCUUCUUCCCAAUUAGCUUGUAUAACUUAAUUAAUCCCAUCUAUAUUAAUCCAUAUUGGUUAUGUGGCCCUCUACCUCUCACUAUGUCUCAGUAUGUUUGACUUCUUCCAUGUCUGGCUAGCAAAUCUGUAUCUCUCAGUUCUUUCCCUGAGUUUCUAUCCCUGCCUGGAUGCCCUGGCUUUCUUUUCCUGCCUAGCUAUAUGCCUUCAGCUCUUUAUUAAAUCAAUCAGAAGUUGAGGAAAAUGUUUACAAAACACUGAGACAGGUGAUGCUUCAUAAACAUAACAAUAGCAAAGUCCAGACAGUACUCAGCUCUCUCCCGGUACAGAAAUCACAUUUGAAUAAUACAAAGACAACCUUGCACAGUGCACAAAGAGAGUAUCCCAACACCUUCUAAGUUCUUCCUGUUUUCUUAUCAUCUGCCCACCCAAUAAAACAAUUACCAUAACAUUCCACAAAAAGCCUCAGCCUACAAGUGCACCUUCCUCUUCCACCUCCUGCUCAAAGUCACUUCUCCAGUGUUCAAAGUUGUCAGCUGGAUUCUUAGAAAAGCUGAGCCUGCGGAGAAUAAAGAGUGAAAGCAACUUACUGAGAAGGAAAAGGAUAAUAGUAAAAUAGAAAAAAGGUGCAAGGAAGUAGAGAUUUGGUGAGAAAAGUUCAAUGCAAAUCUAACAAGAGGACUGGCCUAGAAAGACUAGCAAAGGGCUAGUGUGCUCCCCCAGCAGAGCUUUUGGAGCAGUACAUCUGGUCCUUUGUCUCGUGUAGAGAAGUGACUCAAAGUGCCAGUGUAUUUAUGGACUUGUGAACAGUAGUGAAUGUUCUCUCUAAUCAUCAGGGUCCUGUGAGGAAAAAAAGAUGGAAUGAUCAGAGGCAAGGGACUCUAGCGAAGAAGCAUAAGGAUGGACAUCUGGGCGUGGGCAGAAGGUGUGAAGUGUGUGUGUCACAUCCUAAUAUCCCCAGAAGCUUCCACCCCCAAAUCACUUGGACUGUUGUGUAAGUCAGCCCUCGCCUGCAGUUACCACGGCACUAGCACAAAGGACACAUGAAAGUGGUGGUCAAAGAGUUGGAUACAGAGGCCACAUACAGGGACAACAGCACUGGCUUCUACUUUCUGAGGCUGAGCUACUGCCACCUCUGAAUAUUCAGCACAUGAGCAAUGAAGACUCGUACUGAGCAUUGUGUGGCAUUCUUCAAGAAAAUCAACAAGUCAUUUGAUAAAUUGGCUACAUUUCAUUCUGAAUGUUUCAUGCUCACAAGAACAGACUCUGAUACUAGCUAUGGAUUUCUCUUUCUUGUUCAGAGUACUCAAUCUAUAGACAAAGGGUCCACAUACUAUCACAUCCAAUUAGAGAGUUAUUCUAGGUGGAAAAAGGAAAUAGAGCCAUCUAGCCAGCUGACCAGUUACCAAUUCUUAAUACAUGUUAAGAUCAUCCUUCUUAUAUAUUAAUGUUUCUGUGUUUAGAUCAGAAUCCUUCCAUUUAUUGUCUGGAUUAAUUUCAAGAGCCUCCAAAUAGGCUUCCCUGUCUCACAACUAUACUCCAAUCUACUUUAUAUAUUCUAGAGCUAUCCUCCAUAUAAAAUGUAGGACCUUUAAAUAGUUAAUGCUUCUUAUCUUCCAAACCUCAGCUCAUCUUCAAUUGUUCCAAUGCUCUACCAUAGAAUCUAAUGUUGGUGAAAUUGUAAUGGGUAAUAAUGUCAACUUGACUGAACUGAGAUGCCCAAUGUGUAGGGGAUCAAUCUAGCACAUCUGUAAGUAUGUAUGUAGGGAGAAGUUUUAGGGAAAAUUAGUUUAUCUGACCAAAUGAAUGGAUAGCUUAAUCAAUUGGUAGAUUCAAGGCUGUUGGGAGAUGGUAGGACUAUGCAAAUUGGAGAAAGUAGGUCAAUAUCGAUGUAUCCUUGGGAAACUAUAUCUUGGCCUCUCCUGUUACCACCCUGCAUUGAUUCCUGUCUGCUAUAUGUACCCUGCGCUAGUUCAUCACACUAAACAUCAUGGUGGACUGAAACCCUUGAAUUUGUGAACUAAAGAUAAAUCCUUCUUCUAAGUUGUUUCUGAUAGGCAUUUCAUUAGAGCAUCAAGAAGAGCUAAUUUGCACGUAAACAAGGGGGUGUCCUUAUUGAUCAAACAUUAAUUUUCAUAAAAUUCAGGAGUAAGAUGAGAAACUUAAUAAGAUCUUAUAUAAAAACAGAAAGUAAAUAAAGAGCUCUGCAGGCAAGAGACACCCACUGUUGCAGCAGUGAUGUGACGGUUAUGGGUGUAGCCAAUGGCUUUCUGAUUGGAUCUGAGGCCCACUCCACAGAAGAAAUUCAUGUCUAAUACUAUUUGUGGUCAAAAGCCUGUGUCUGGGGGAGGAGAUAAGCCCUACUAGUGAGGCUUAUUUCUAUUGUUUUGCUACAUAGACAUGCUGUGCCUAUCAAAUUGCCUUUAAAAAGACUUUCAGUGUCCAUGAGUCCCAGAGCUAAGAAUAGCCUCAGACAAAAUCCAAUGCCUAUAAGAGAGAUGUCUCUAUUUCACUGUAAUCCUCAUAACCUAUCCAAUGUUUCUUACAACGUAUUUGAAAAAAGCCUUGAUUUAUGACUUUGUUCUGUUACACUGAAAAUGCAUGUAAAUGAUAUAACACUGUAGCAAGGUUUGGGUCCGGUAAGCUCAAUCCAUAUUCCCAAGCAUGGUCAUUUAUAUUUUACUCUAGAAUAAAUGCUAAAGAUUUAUUCUCUUGAAGAUAAGAGCUGUCUUAGCACAGCCAUAUCUAAUGGAAACAGAGAAAAAUCAUAAAUCCAGCACAGCUGUUUGACAAAGAUCCAGCAAAACUGAGCCCAGUGAUGUAAUCGCUGUGGUGUAGUCUCCCACUCUUUUGGCCUUAAUUUCUUGUUGGUAUAAUAUUCUUGUGGAAUGUAUACAAUCUACCCUUGUACAGUCACAUGCUAAUUUCUCUACCACACUAUCUGGUUUUAAUCCGGAUACUGCAUUGUGAUGCUUAUUUUAAGCAUCCCCUGUAUCAAGUUUGUGUAAAUAUGCCACCAUUUAUUCUCUGUAUUGACAAUAAAACAACCAGCCAGUGCUGAGCAAUGGAGAGAAUAGGGUGGGACAUCUUGGUCCGGAGGGGAGGAGAAAGAAGCAAAUGGGAGGAGGGAUUAGGGAGAGAGAUCUGAGAGGCGAAGACCUGAAAAACGCCAGGAAAUAAUGACUAAAAAAGAACUAUAAUGUGGGAAAUCUGAAUGGGAAGAAGCUAGGUGGGCUUGGCAGUUUAGGAUGGAGUAAUCAUUGCUCAGCAUUGUGCUCUAGGUUAAUUAAACAAA